GAUGGCUUAUUUCUGGACAAUACGCCCCGCUUGCAGCGUAUAAGAUCACGAUGAUAGUAUCCCCUGUCUUAGUAUCAGCUGUAACUGGCUGCAAUCGAGAUAUUAACCACGACCAUGAGGGCCCAACUUCUUCGAGUGGCGGUUCUUGAAUGCGACACGCCAGUAGAUCCCAUUCUCGCCAAAUAUGGGACAUACGGUGAUAUCUUCGAAAGACACUUGACGGAAGGGCUUCAGAAAUUAAGUACUCCUGUGAAACUGCAACUGACGAAGAUCAACGUUGUCCUACCGUUCGCCGACUAUCCUCAACCGGAGGACUUUGAUGUCGUCCUAUUGACCGGCAGCAAACACGAUUCCUACAAAGAUGAGCCUUGGAUUCUCACGCUAGUUCGCUUCGUCCAGGACUGCUAUACUGUUCAUAAUAAACCUUUGAUCGGGAUCUGCUUCGGCCACCAAAUCAUUGCGCGGGCUCUCGGGGCACGCGUUGGCCCCAGUGUAUCUGGAUGGGAAGUUGCAGUAGAGCCUUGCUACUUGACCAGUGCAGGGAGACAGCUCUUCGGCAAGAAUGAGAUUUCCCUGCAGAUGAUGCACCGGGAUGUCGUGUUCGAAGUUCCACCGGGAUGCGUGAACCUAGGCAGCAGUCUGAUCUGUGGUAUCCAAGGCCUAUACAUCCCGAACAAGAUUCUGACCGUCCAAGGUCAUCCGGAGUAUAACGACUUCAUGGUCAGCUCAAUUCUUGAAAUCCGACACGAGCGCGGCGUGUUCGACGAUGUAUUCUUCAAGGAUGGCAUGGCGCGGGUGAACGAGCCACAUGACGGGGAAAAAAUUGCUGAGACGAUGACACGAUUUGCAUUAGGCAUCCUGGCAACAGUCACUAUGACGAACCAAAUUCGCACACUCUCCCCCUCCACCAACAAGGUCAUCUUCGAGCACCCCGGUACUUCCGUCGAAGAUGCCCAGAAAGUCUUCCAGGCCUCGCAAGAGGCAUUUAAGACUUACAAGAAGACGACCCUCGCGCAACGAAAAGAGAUCGUUCUGAAGGCGCUGGAUCUCAUCGCCGCCGACAGAGACACGCUCGCCGCCGAAUUAACUACGCAAAUGGGCCGCCCGAUCGCCUACUCCGGCAAGGAAAUCGAUACCUUUCACAAGCGCGCCGACUAUCUCCUUGGCAUUGUCGACGAGAGCUUGAAAAAUCUCACAGGAACCCCCGAGAACGGAUUUCGACGGUUUAUCAAAAAAGAGCCUGUUGGCCCUACUCUGAUCUCGACUGCUUGGAACUACCCGUACCUCAUCACCAUCAAUGCCCUCCUCCCCGCCCUUUUGAGCGGUAAUACCGUCGUUCUCCGCCCCUCUCCCCAGACCCCUAUUUUCGGCGAACGUAUCGCCUCCUACUUCAAUCAAGCUGGUCUGCCCCCCAAUGUCUUGCAGGUCAUUCACGUUGGUUCACCUGACGUGCUCGAUGAGAUCGCCCAACUACCCCAGAUUAAGCUCAUUUCUUUUGUCGGAUCGACGUUGGGGGGUCUUCGCCUCCGCGAGGCCACCGCGCGCCGCCUCAUUCCGGUGAACCUCGAGCUGGGUGGUAAUGACCCAGCCUACGUUCGCCCGGACGCCGACUUAGCCUCUGUGGCAGCCAAUAUCGUCGAUGGCGCCGUGUUCAACUCGGGACAGAGUUGCUGCGCCAUUGAGCGGGUCUAUGUGCAUGCUGACGUGCACGACGCCUUUGUGGAGGAGGUGAAGAAGGAGCUGGCUGGUUACAAAGUCGGCGACCCCCAUGACCAAUCUACCACCACCGGUCCGGUGAUCUCGCAAUCCGCCCUCAAGAACAUCCAAUCGCACAUUGACGACGCCCUGUCGAAGGGCGCUGUCAACGUUACGCCGCAGAACCCCACUUUCGAGAGCCUGCCCCAGGAGGGCAACUUCAUGGCCCCGACGGUCUUGAUCAACGCCAACCACGACAUGCAAGUUAUGAAGCACGAGACCUUCGGGCCGGUGUUGCCUAUCAUGAAGGUGGCGUCUGACGAGGAGGCGCUCACCCUUAUCAACGAUAGUGACUACGGUCUGACGGCGAGUAUCUGGACCAAGGAUAUCAAGCGGGGCGAAGAGUUGAUUGAGGAUGUUGAGGCGGGAACGGUGUAUCUGAACCGUUGCGACUACCCUAGUCCGGAUCUCGCUUGGAUUGGAUGGAAGAACUCAGGUCUGGGUUUCACACUGGGCCCGAAGGCGUAUGAUGGGUUCUAUAAGUUGAAGAGUUUUCAUAUUAAAGAGGAACAGGCUUGAAGGCAGAGGCGAUUCAACGAUUAGAUUCAACUUCAUGAACGAAGUUUGAGGUUAGAUCGAAUUUUGACGUAGUAAUGGAACUGGCCAGUAUCUUCAGAC